AUGGUCCUAGCCAGGCUUUCGUUGCUGGGAACAGUCGGUCUUUUGAGCGGCCUUGUCAAUGCCCAAUUCCCUCCGAAACCAGAGGAUGUGACCGUUCUAGAGUCGAAGCUGGAAGAGGGCGUGAGGGUUUCGUACAAAGAGACCAACCUCUGCGAAACUACAGAAGGUGUUCGCAGUUUCUCCGGCUAUGUUCAUCUUCCUGCUGGAGCGCUCGCAGACCUCGGCGUCCAAAACCAGACAUAUGAGAUCAACACGCACUUUUGGUUUUUCGAGUCAAGAAAAGAUCCUGCAAACGCACCCCUGUCAAUAUGGAUGAAUGUCAACAUGCUAUAUCUUGAUCAGCCGGUGCAGGUUGGACUGAGCUACGACAAAUUGGUCAACAUCACCAGUGACCUCUCUACCGGACAAGUGAAAGUUGUAGACUUCACAAACGGAUCCGUCCCGGAACAGAAUAACACCUUUUAUGUCGGCACGUACCCUAGCCAAAACUCCAAUCUCACCACUCGCGGCACAGAGAACUCUGCACGAGCGCUGUGGAACUUUGCCCAGGUCUGGUUCCAAGAGUUUCCCGAACAUAAGCCCAACGAUGACAGGAUCUCUAUUUCAACCGAGUCGUACGGAGGACGCUACGGACCUGCUUUUGCUGCCUACUUCCAGGAACAGAACGACAAGAUCAAGAACGGAACUUGGACUGAAGUUGGACAGACCCAUAUUCUUCAUCUUGAUACACUGCUCAUCAUCAAUGGCUGUAUCGACCGCUACGUUCAAUGGCCAGGCUACCCCAUGAUGGCGUACAACAACACAUAUGGUAUCAAGGCCAUCAAUGAGUCUCGUUACGAGGAAGCACUCAACAACCUCUACCGCCCCAGCGGCUGCCUUUCGCAAAUCGAAAACUGCCGUAACCUGAGUCUCAUAUACGACCCCACCAACCAAGGUUUCAACACCACAGUCAACAAAGUAUGCCAAGCAGCCGAAACAUUUUGUUCCACAACAAUCCGCGACCCCUACUUCGACACAGACGUAAACUACUACGACAUCUCCGCGCCCGGCACAGCAUCCUUCCCGCGCCCAUACUACCAAGGUUUCCUAAGCCAACCUCACGUCCAACAAGCCCUCGGCGUCCCCCUCAACUGGACGCAAUCCAAUUCCGCCGUCUCAACCGCCUUCCGCGCCAUCGGCGACUACCCCCGCCCCGGCUGGAAAGAAGAUUUAGGCUACUUAUUAGAAUCCGGAAUUAAAGUAACGCUCGUCUACGGCGACAGAGACUACGCUUGUAACUGGUACGGCGGUGAACUCCUCUCCCUCGCCAUCCCUUACGAUAACACGACCGCCUUCGCCGCCGCGGGAUACGCCCCCGUCAUCGUAAACGAGACUUACAUUGGCGGCCAGCUGGGGGAUAAUGGGGGUUAUUAA